AUGGCCCAAAAGUUCAAUGACCGUAGCCGAUAUGAGCAAGAUCCUCGCUGGGAGGCGGUUGAUGCCUACACGUCCGCGCACUUGCUCGAUCCUUCACGAAAUAAACAUCAUGACGCUCUGGAGUUCGCCUAUUCGAAUUCACUGAAGAAGGGCCUUCCAGAUAUUGCUUCAUAUCCAUCCCAGGGAAAGUUCUUGUCCAUACAAGUUCAAGUCACAGGAGCAAAGAAUAUUCUGGAAGUUGGUACGUUGGGUGCUUAUUCUACUAUAUGGCUGGCAAUUGGAGCCGGUAAGGAUGGGAAAGUCACUUCGGUCGAGGUGAACCCACACCACAAAGAAGUGGCAGAAGAGAACAUUGCCCGGGCAGGAUUUAGUGACAACGUCGACGUGCUGCUCGGUCGAGGCGUCGAUGUCCUGACCGGGCUGGUGCACGAGGUCGAAAGCGGCAAACGUGAGCCGUUCGAUUUCGUCUUCAUUGACGCAGAUAAGGAAAACAAUCUGGCAUAUUUUGAGCUGGCGCUACGAAUGACAAGGCCCCGAACCUGUAUGUAUGUCGACAAUGUUGUUAGACGCGGCCGACUUGUUGAUGAGAGCGCCAUCAAGGAGGAUCCACGUAUUGCUGGCACACGGCGGCUAAUCGAGGCUGUCGGCAAGAAUGACAAGGUCGAAGCGGUCGUGCUCCAGACGGUGUCCAACAAGAAUUACGAUGGUUUCCUUUACGCAUUUGUCAAAUAA